AUGUUUGAGAUUUUGAUUGUUGGAUUUGAAAACCUCACAACCUACAGAAUUCCACUUUUCCUCCUUUUAUUGGUCAUCUACAUAUUUACCUGCUUUGAGAACCUCCUGGUCAUCUUUUUGGUGAAUAAGAGCCCUCAUCUCCACUUUCCCAUGUACUUCCUGAUCAGCAAUUUUCACUUUUGUCAGUUUUUUUACACCACAAAUCUGGUUCCACGGAUGCUGCAUGACUUACUCUCAGGAAGAGGGGUCAUCUCCUACCUUGGCUGUAUUACCCAAUUAAACAUACUGGGAGGUGUGUCAAAUGUGGAGUCUUUUUUAUACGUGAUGAUGUCCUAUGACAGAUAUUUGGCCAUUUGUCACCCUCUGAGAUAUUCCACUCUCAUGCAUAAUAGACUGUGCCUGUAUAUAGUGAUUGGGUUUUGGUUGGUUUCCUCUGUGAGCGUGGCAGUGGUCAUUUAUUUCUUAAUUCACGUGGAAUUUUGUGGCUCUGUUAUUAUCAACCACUUCCAUUGUGACUUCACCAUCCUGAUGCUCUUUGCCUGCUCAGACAUAGCACCUUAUGUUUCAUAUCGUGGUGGUCAGCUCUGUACUGUCUGCUGCACCUUUCAUAGCUGCUGUUGUAUCGUACACCUUUAUCAUCAUCGCCAUCCUCAAGAUAAAGUCUUCCACAGGAAGAAAGAAAGCCUUCUCCACCUGCAGCUCCCACCUAGUGGUCUUGGGUCUAUAUUUUGCCAUGAUGUUUACUUUGUACGUAGUGCCGAGGAGUAA